UCCGUUGCCUAUGCUUUGCCUAUUACUCAUCAUGCUUCGAAGUUAAUAAGACGUGUUAUUGUUUAAACUCGUGCUAUUAUUUGCCGUAAGAUGGGUUUCUAAGCUCUUAAAAACUUUUGCACACCUGCGUGUGCCUUCACAUCGUUAUAAAAAUGCUUGCCAAAAUGGCGCCCCCAAGGGACAGCUCUGUCCUUCGACAAAUACCACCAACUCUAUCGGACUACCACCUGUAUCCGCUUGUAUUUAUUCCUUUGAGUACCAGCAAUAUCAACACCGCUGAGGAUGAGUACACGCGCAUGGGAUUGGUCGCUGGCUUCGGCCGACGGCCUGCUCACUAAUGAAGAAUGCUCUAUGCUGCUCGAUGUCGAUAUUUUCAACACUGAUGACGAUUUACUUAAGACAUUCCCGAGCGCUGCACUGAAGAUCGAAUUGGACAAGUUCCAGUAUCAAGAGGAGGGCACCGCCAACCUGUACCCGCCCUCGCCGGCCGACACCAAGCCCUCGCGCGCCGACCUCGCGCAAGAUCUUCUGCAGCAGCUUGACAAUAACUACAAACAAGAAAACAUAUUCCCGCCAUGGCUAGAAGAGAAGGUAGAGCUCGUACCGCGCGAAUGUAGCGCCGGUCUAUUGAAUUCUGCUCAACCCGAGGUUUAGGAGCUCUUUUAAUUUUGAUGUUUAAUUUCUGUUAAGCUAGAUAAGUCUAGUUCAUAUCUCGAAUAGGAUUAACAGUUUCGCAUCGAGCAGCGUACGCGCACGUCAUCAGUCGAGGGACAGAACAUCUCCAUAUAACACCUAUACUAACAUCACACAGGUGGCAUACAUUCUUCAUUUAUCAUUUUAAUUUCAUUUAGAGGAUAGGUCGUAUUCAUUGCGAUGAAAAUGGGAAUACAAUCAAAAAUAUUACUUAAGUUUAUUUGACAUUCUUGUAAAAAUCAAUAUCAAUUUGUAAACAAAAUUAAUAAUGCAUAUUUUUAAAUGAAUUUUAAAGGACCAAUAUAAUUGGAAACUGUUCUCUUUUCAUGCAAUAUAUGGAAUGCGACGGCGGAA